AUGUUCCUUUUACUGACUAUCUCCGCCCGCGCAAUACAGAUUGAUAAUGAUAUGGUUCGCCGUCAAUUGGUGAUCAACCAUGGCAUUGAGCAGAUGCUACUAAUUGAAAAUGUUGAAGAGGCAUCAAAAAUCAUGUUUGAUGGCGCAAGGCCAAGAAAUGUCAAACGAUGCUACUGUAUCGACUCUAGGGAUAGAAGGCGAGGUAUCCAUCUCGCCUUCAAUCGAACCGGAGACCCAAGCCAGUCCCCCAUUCCCGCAUUUACUGGAAGACCUCGAAUGAAAACGGAUAUAGAUAUCCAGAUAAGAUUGCAGCGAGAAGUAAUUGAUACUCUCAAACGUGACCUUGGACGGCUUGAACAAGAACACCGUGCUGCGGUCCAGCAUCUUCAGCGGCAAAAACAGCUGCUCUCUAUUCAUAACAACCAAGAGCAUGAAUUAUUCGUCGAGAGUCAGAGGGCUGAAGAUAGGGCAGAUGACCUUAAAGACGCAAUUGACAGGGACAGAAACCAGGAUGGACGGCUCGAGGCGCUAACUUCGGCCUUGAGAGAAGCUGAAGAAGAGCUGAAGCUACACGAACGUUCGUUUGAAGAUUGCGUCAACGCAAGGGACGCAGCAACAACCAAGGUGAAGGAGAUAAAGAGGGAACUGGCUGCCAAAGACACCGAAAUAUCUCGGUUUUCUGAGGAUACCCGUCAAGCAGAGAAUGAGCUGUCAGUCAAGGCAAAUAAGAGGCAUACGGCGCUUGUUGGCAAAAAUGAUGCAAUCGCCAAAACAGACACUGCUAAAGCACAGGUUACUCAGAUUGAGCGAAAGCAGGAAGAUACUGCCGCUCGAAUUGCUGACUUCAUUCAGAAGGCUAGUAUGGUUUCUCCCAGGGUCCCGAUUGAUGCAGGGGAAACGGAGACAAGCCUUGCAGAGAAGCUGGAGAGGCUGGAUAGAGACCUCAGACGAUAUGAUUCACAGAUGGGGGCGUCAAGGGAGGAAAUUGCCGCCGCCGCGGCGGAAGCUGAUGCAAAAUAUGAGCGGUCACAGAAUGAGAUCGUCAGUUUUAGAACACUGGCUCAGAUGCUCAAAAGUUCUCUGGUUCAUCGGCAAGAAAGAUGGCAGAAGUUUCGAGCUCACAUUACGUCACGAGCGAAGAUCCAGUUCAUCUACCUUCUCAGUGAGCGAGGCUUCAGAGGAAGACUGCUUGCAAACCACAAGAAGAAACUAUUAGAUAUUCAGGUAAAUGAUUCUUUGCAAGUCACACUGAGGUACCUUCCUGCGUUCACUCUGCUUACUUGCUUCCAGGUUGAGCCGGACAGCACCAAGGACGGGAUCAGUCGAGGAGCGAAGACUCUGUCGGGAGGAGAGAAGUCAUUCUCGCAGAUAUGCCUUUUACUGGCUCUAUGGGAAGCUAUGGGUUCCCCUAUCCGUUGUCUGGACGAAUUUGACGUCUACAUGGACUCGGUUAACCGAAAGAUGGCAAUCGACAUCUUGAUGUACGCUGCUCGAUGCUCAGUAGGACGCCAGUAUAUCCUCAUCACCCCUGGGUCUCGGUCUGAAAUCACCGCCGCCCCAGACGUGCGUGUAAAAGAACUUGCUGAGCCCGAACGAGGCCAGCGUACGCUCUCCUUUGCCCAGUAG